AUGACUCGAUUUUUGGGAUGUCGCGGCAAUAGCCUCAAUGUUGUUGCCAUUCUCGGCGUCCUGAUGCCAGGAAUCAUGUCUGUUGGCUACAACGCAGCGUCCCUUGGGGGAGUAUUGACCUUCAAUACCUUUGAGGCUCAAUUUCCUGAUAUCGAUGUGACACAUUCGGAAAACCCUUCACACACUUCGACUCUACAGGGGACGGUAGUCGCUGUUUACGCGAUUGGCGGCUUCCUUGGUACCUUUUCCUGCAUCUGGCUCGGCGACAUUCUUGGGCGUCGACGUAUGAUUAUGGCGGCUUCCGUUGUUCAGAUCCUUGGAGCUACUCUGAAUGCCACUGCCUAUUCUCUGACCCAACUCAUCGUCUCGCGGGUGAUUAUUGGUGUUGGAACAGGCGCAAUUCUGGCCACAAUUCCUCUCUGGCAGUCGGAGAUCUCUCCUGCGCAUAGACGCGGCGCACAUGUUGUCACCAAGGGAGUAUUUAGUGGAAUUGGAUGUGCUCUUGCAUUGUUCCUGGAGUUUGGGAUGUCGUUCAAGAAGGGAAGCAUAACAUGGAGGUUGCCAUCUGCCUUUCCCAUGUUUCUAUCUUUCGUCAUUCUGGGCUUUAUGUUCUGUCUCCCAGAAUCCCCUCGCUGGCUUCUUUGCCAAAAUAGGGUCCUGGAAGCUCGUGAAAUCUUGGCCGCCCUAGAGAACGCAAGUGCAGAUAGUGAUGUGGUUGAGAGCCGAAUCAAAGAAGUACAGGUUUCUCUGGAUUCAGCUGGAAACAAGACAUCCCUGGGGCGACUGUAUAAUAUGGGACCCCAACGAACAUUCCAUCGGGCAAUUCUGGCGAUGGGGGGUAUGAUUUUCGUCCAGCUGACAGGUUCAACUGUGACUACCUUCUACACCACCGAAAUAUUUGAGAAGGAUCUUCUUCUCAGCGAAUCUACGUCUCGACUCCUGGCAGGAGCGUAUCAACUUGUGGGACCCCUCGGCGGCAUAGUCUCGGUUCUUACAAUUGAGGUUGUUGGCCGACGCAAGUUGAUGAUGCUCAGUGCAGCAGGAAACGCACUCUGCCUAGCAAUGGUUGCUGGCCUUGGGUCACACGCCGCGAACAUCACCUCCGCACAUGCUGCUAUCUUCUUUAUAUUCUUGUUCCACUUCAGCUACAUCAUCGGAUUUGGAGGCAUACCCUAUCUCUACGCCACAGAACUUGCACCGCUUCACCUGCGUACGACGAUUAACAGCAUCAGCAUCAGUAUGUCCUGGGCUUUCAGCAUUUUAAUCGCCAAUGUUACCCCGAUCGCAUUCAACAAUAUGGGACAGAAGUAUUUCUAUAUCUUCGCAGCAUUCAACGCAUCAAUCGUGCCGAUUGUCUAUUAUCUGUUCCCGGAGACUUCGGGACGUGAGCUUGAGGAAAUAGACGAGAUUUUUACCAACACCAACAGCAUGUUCGAUGUUGUCAAGCGGGCCAAAGAGCUACCUAAACGUCAACCCAACGAUGUGUUGAUGGAAGAGAAGCUGAAAUCUGGUCUCACUGUCUCAGCAGUCCCCGUGUGA